AGACAACACCACCAGCUCUGCAUCACCUCAUGGUCUCGCAUCUGUCAGUCCCUGGCUGCGUGAACGUCUGAUGUGAAGUAUCUGAUCAUGCGGAGCUCGACACUCGUCAGGGACGAUUCGCACGCCGCGAUCGACUCGGCUUUGGAUCGCCACGCUGCACCUGGGGAUGACGAUGCUUAUGAGGUUGGGGACGAUGAUUUCUCCUGUGGGAAACUUUUCCCACGGGCAAAACCAAGGGUAGAGUGCUGUGCUGCCCUUGCAUCUCUCCCCUUGAAUUCUGAUGCCAUGAUUAUGUAGAUCUGGUGGUUGCUGCCCUUUAUCAUGCUUUUCACUGUUGGGUUCGGUGGCAUUGCCGUUCCAAGAGUCAACAUUUACUUAUCACUAGUUUGUCGUGAUUACUUUGCCGAUCAGAGCAUUCAAGAUCCAAGCAUCUCAUACCCCCCAGUCAGUCUGGGAGGAGACAACCCGCAAUGCCGAAUCCCAGCGGUUCAAUCACAGGUCGCUCGUUUUCAACUCUCCCUUAAUCUUAUUGUUGGGUUACUUUCAUCAUGGAUCAGUCCUAAACUCGGAAAACUAUCAGAUCGACGUGGGAGGACUAGGUUUAUCGCUCUGAACGCCCUGGGUGUGUUGUUCAAUGUGGCAAUCAUCACCCUGGUGGCCUCCUACCCAGACCAGAUACCCAAAAACGUGCUGUUUUUAGGGUCGGUGCUAGAGGGCCUUGGGGGAUCGUUCACCACCGCGAUGGCCUUAUUUCAGGCUUACGCUUCUGAUUGCACCCGGUUUGAAGACCGAAAUGCCGCAUUUGGCUUAUUCCAAGGUGCCUUAUUUUUUGGAAUCGCAUUAGGCCCCACGCUCGCAGCCAUUCUGAUCAAAGCAGCUGGAACUAUACUAAUCAUCUUUUACGUCGCGAUGGCCCUCCAUGCCACCUUUGUCUUGGCGCUGUUUUUUGUUGUGCCGGAGUCUCUAUCGCCAGAAAGACAGCGAGUUGCCCGCGAGAGGUACCGCAUCAAGUCUCUCAAUUUCGAUAGGUCAACACGGUCUUGGUGGAAGAGCUUCAACCCGUUGAAGAUUGUUGCACCUCUUUCCAUUCUUUGGCCGGCCGUUGGCCGACCAAGCUCCUUGUUCCCAAACUCCCGAGGAGCCACAGCAGCGCUCCGACGCAACAUUCUUCUCCUGGCCUCCAUCGAUGCCGUUCUCUUCGGUAUCGCCAUGGGAGCAAUUGAGGUAAUCAUUAUCUACACUGGAUUUCUUCUCCAGUGGGGCAGUAUAGAGACGAGUCUCUUUGCCUCGACCAUCGGUGUAGUGCGUGUCUUCGCUCUUUUCAUUGUCCUCCCCCUCAUUACUCGAUUGUCCCGCGACAAACCCAUCGACGGGAAAUCAAUCCCAGGUGCUUAUAGCUCAGAGGUCAUUGUUAUCCGUGCGUCCAUUGUGCUAGAUAUUGUGGGUUAUAUGGGAUACGUGUUUGCGCGAGACUCGUCGUCAAUGGUCACGUCUGGCAUUCUUACAUCUCUCGGAGCCAUGGGAUCGCCAACCCUACAGUCUGCCCUCAGCAAACAUGUUCCUCAGGACCGCAUCGGUUUGUUGCUAGGUACCUCGGGACUCUUGCAUGCGCUUGCUCGGGUGGUUGGACCGACCAUCCUUGGCCUGAUUUACAGCCUUACCGUGGCUACGUUUCCCCAGGCAGUCUUCGUGUGUCUUGUUAGUCUUGUCUGCUUAGCGUUUCUCGCGAGUCUUUUCAUUCAAGCUCAUGUAUCGCUUGACGAGGAACCAAUCGCGAACCCAGACGCUGAGACGAUCCAGGAAACACCAGACGAGCGCCAGCCACUGCUCUCACGAUAAUAGUGUUCUUUUGGUUACUGUUAAUAAGAUAUGACCUAGUCUUGGGGGGGGGGAGGG